AUGGCCUCUUCGAUACGCGAGAUCAUCACGCCCACGCUGCUGCAAGAUGUCAGGACGACGUGGUUCGAGCAAUGUGACAGCGACGAGCUCGUGAUUCUGCCCAGCCAGGACACCAUGAUGCAGUGGUUCCGCCGGAACGAGGAGUUUGAUAGGAUCUGUGUCUCCCGGUUUAGCCCUGCCCUCGAGGAGCUCAAGGCUUCCGGGGUGGACGGGGAUGCCCUCCUGGACGCGGUGCAGCCGUCGUCGCCACUGGACUGGCUGAGCCUGGUCCUGCUCUUUGACCAGAUACCCCGGAACGCGUACCGCGGCCCAGAGUCUGCCAUCGUCUUCAAUGUGUUCGACCCCAUAGCGAGGGCCAUCGCCACGCGGGCUAUAGACGCCGGCAUUCCGCUCCACGCCCAGAUCCGGUACCGUAUCGGCUACCGCAUGUGGUUCUGCCUGCCGCUGAUGCACAGCGAGGACAUCGCUUUGCAUAAGCUGGCCGUAGAGCAGAUAGAAGCCAUGGCAGACGAUGUCCGAGGUGCUGGGGCGGAGCCGGGCUUCAGUAAUGCCGACGGCGACGAGCUUGCGUGCAGGAAGGUACUCGCGGAUGACAAGGAGGCGGCGGCGAAGCGCUGCGAGGGACAAUUAGAGUUUGAGAAGAAGCACCAGGUCAUUAUUGAGAGGUUCGGAAGAUAUCCGCAUCGGAAUGAGGCGCUUGGACGGACGCCAACGCCGGAGGAAAAGGAGUAUUUGGAAAAUGGGGGCGAUACCUUUGGGUGA